AUGUUGCUGGAUUGCAUGGAACAGGUCCGGAACAGAGGUGGGAGUUCUCGGUGGAUUCCUAAGGAUAUUUCAGAUAUCGAUUGGAAGAUUGAGCAGCUCCUCCGGCUGGAGAUUCGAUUUCCUCCGUUACGCCCUCAGUUCAGAAGUUAUGAUCUGGAUCUCUCACAGAAGCACAUUUACUUUUGUGGUUUAACGGCAAUGCUAACUUGCCUCGAAGCUGCACAUAUCCGGAUGCCUGCAAGCCUGCCUUGGCAAAAUCAAGUCGUUAUGAACGCGUUAACAUAUAAUGAUGUUCACCAUCCUGUUGUAUGGAAAAUCCUCUUCACUUGUGCGGUUGAUCAGGGAUUAUUUAGUCGCGCGAGCGAUUCCAGUUUAGUCGCGUCCCUAUUUCUCCCAGACCGGCUCUCUUCCGCAUCAUCCUGGAUGACUUUGGCGGACACCGCAGCUGAAUGUUUCCCUGACGAAGUUCUCGAUAAUCUUCUCUCCUUCUUUGAAAACUUUGAUUUGUAUCAGAAGUCUGUGGAACGUCGACCAAGGCCGGCACUUCUACUCGCAAUCAUGCGUCUCUUGGUACUCAACUCGGAACACUCCGAGUUAAACUUGACCGGCGUUCAUUCGAGUCAGCGUCGCUUCUUCCAUAAUAAUUCUACGAUCUCCAAAUACCGACUGUUAAUCGUUGCAUUGUAUGCGAAAGGCUUGCCACAGUACAGGCCCCUCGUUUGGACAUGUCGUGCUCACGCACUUGCAUGUAUGGCUUGGUUUAUAGAGCAAGGUUCUGACUUGGGCGGCGUCGUGCCGCUCACUGAAUGGGCCAUGAGUUUUCUGUUGGGUCGAGGAUUCUCUGGUGGUAUUUUCAAUGCAUACGAAACUUUUAGAGAGGAACGAAGCUUGCAGUAUAUCGCCCAGCGAGGCUCACUUCAUAUAUGGGCCAUCGAAGGGUUUCAGGGCUAUAUCACCCUACUUUCGGAGGCGACUGACGAGACGGCCAUGGGGCAUCACACUCUACACCUGCAUCAAGCAUCCGUCAUUCUCUCCAUUUGUAUGAGCGUCGCACUCAAUGGAAUCCCGCGACGUCCAAUCUUAUCUGCACUGGCUUUAAUUGCUCCUGAUCACCAUGAAUGGAAUACAUUGCUUAACAUCGCGGAUUGGCACAUAGAUGAGGACUCCUUCCUGGAAAGCUACUAUUCCGACAGUCGCGAAGUCAUACCUCCAGGUGAUGCGAAACGUCUGAAAAAGAAUCUAAAAGAAGUUGUCAAUGUUCUUACAGACUGUAUUAGGGCCACAAACGAUCACAGCAGCGGUGUCCAUCGGGAAAACUUACACCUGCACUGGGUCGUCGGAGACUCAUCACGGACUUCGAUGGAGAAGGUGGAAGAAAUGCUACUCGGUUCUAGGAAGCUUGAAAUGGGUCUCACGGAGAAAGAUAUUGAGCAAGGAUGA